ACAAACCCCGCCCCUUCGCGCGAGAGAGACAACAUCCGCCUUCGCAGCGGAAGCGGCUUCAUUCUGCCGCCGGCCGCCGAGGGAGAAGCAUCUCUUCCUGUGUGAGAGUGUGGGUUUCCCACAGGAUGGGCCUGAGGCGCUGGAGGAAGGCCUGAGGAUGCUCCACGCGGGGCGAGGCGGCGGCGUGGCCGAGGCGGAGGACGGGGCGACCACCUCGGCGCUCCGGAACGACCUGGGCUCCAACCUGUACCUGCUCAAAGGCCUGAAUGUGCGCUUCCGCUGCUUCCUGGCGAAGGUGCACGAGCUGGAGAGGCGGAACCGGCUGCUGGAGAAGCAGCUGGCGGCGGCGCAGGACUUGGGCGAGAGACGGCUGCGCUACCGGCGCUUCCCCCGGCACCAGGCCGUCCAGACCGAGCCCCAGCCGGCCUCCCCGGCGCCCCUCCCGCCCAGCCUGCCUUCCCCCUCGCUGCCCCACUCCCACUCCCACCCGCCGCCCUCCUCCUCUUCCUCGAGGCUCCCGGGCACCAUCUGGAGCUACCACAGGCAGGUCCGCCGCUCCGGGGAGACACUGCAAGGGCCCGGCGUGUCCUGGCUCCACCCGGACGGGGUCGGCGUCCAGAUCGACACCAUCACGCCCGAGAUCCGCGCCCUCUACAACGUCCUCGGCAAAGUCAAGAGAGAGAGGGACGACUACAAGAGGAGAUGGGAGGAGGAGCUGGCCAAGCGGAUGAGUUUGGAGUCCAUGGUGGAGACGCUGCAAGAGGAAGCGCAGGAGGCCGAAGCUCUCCAGGAGGAGCUCAACGAGAAGAUCGAGAGGCUCAAAGCGGAGCUGGUGGUCUUCAAGGGCCUGAUGAGUGACCCCAUGACAGACCUGGACACAAAGAUCCAAGAGAAAGCCAUGAAGGUGGACAUGGACAUCUGCCGGCGAAUCGAUAUCACAGCCAAGCUGUGCGAUGUAGCGCAGCAGCGCAACUCCGAAGACGUUUCCAAGAUCUUCCAGGUGGCCUCCAAGAAGAAGGAGCGGAAGCUCCUCUCGGACGACGACCUCUCCGAGCGGGACGCCACCGCCGACAACGCCCGCUUCUCGGACGAGGAAGUCGCCUCGCUCAACAUCACUGACGAGAUGAAGAGGAUGUUCAAUCAGCUGCGGGAGACCUUUGACUUCGAUGACGACUGCGACAGCCUGACGUGGGAGGAGAACGAGGACACGCUGCUGCUCUGGGAGGACUUCACGAACUGCAACCCCAGCAUUGAGCUCCAAGGAGGAGAGGUGAGGCAUGGGCCCGGACCCUUCGAGGCACCACUUAAGCUUGUGCUGAAUCUUGAUCGAUUUCUGCUGGCCAGAUUCCAGUAG